ACCGCUGUCAUACUGUACAUGAGGUGUCUCAAGCUACUAAAAAAGCAAGCCAGUGUGUCACGCUCAUGUCAGGUGUUGCAGCGACCUAAAAAUAUCAUGUUAAACACAGAGAGAGCAGUUAGAAUUGCCCUAUGUGUACCCUCCUGUAGACUGUGGAAGAAAGCACACAUGCACACACCAGAUCUUCAAUCUGUAGUCCUGCGUGACUAGGAGACAGGACGGAGGUGACUAUGUCCUCCUGUGUGAUAAAAUCCAAAGGAAAGAACCCCUAUGCAGCUGUCCAGGUGGACCCAGAUAGUGAUUAUAUAACACCAGGUACACUUGACCUGGAGCAGCUCUUCUGGACCGGUCCCAGUGCUGAGUACGCACACGUCAACCAAGUUUGGCCCAACGUCUUCAUAGGGGAUGAGAAGACAGCUCUGGAGCGUCCUGGUCUUAAGGAACUGGGCAUCACGCAUGUGCUGAAUGCUGCAGAGGGGAAGUGGAACAAUGUGCUGACUGGUGCAGAUUACUACACUGACAUGGACAUCCAGUAUUUUGGUGUGGAGGCUGAUGAUAAACCCACCUUCAACAUCUCCCAAUUCUUCUGCCCGGCGACACAAUUCAUCAGCGACGCCCUAAAACAACCACAGAACAAAGUGUUGGUGCAUUGUGUGAUGGGUCGCAGCAGGUCAGCCACUCUGCUCUUGGCCUACCUGAUGAUGGAGCACAGCUUGACUGUGGUAGAUGCCAUUGAGCAUGUGCGACAGCGCCGCUGCAUCCUGCCCAACCAUGGCUUCCUAAAGCAGCUCAGAGCUCUGGACAUUACACUACAAGAGGAGAAGCUCAGAAUAAAAAGACAGAUGCAAGACAUAUAA